CCGAUCGGCACAGCGUUCGGCAAAAGGCGGCACAAGGCGGCACGGCCGUGCCACUGCUAUGCACCGCGGAAAAGCCAUUUCAGUACACAAAAAAUGUACAGUGACGACGAAAUAAUAACUGGUGCUGCUGCAGUUAUAGUAAUAGCAAAUGCAAAAAAAAUGCCUAAAAAACGAAGAUUUUGGAUGCGUCCGAGUUUACGUAGCAGAAGAAUAUAUAGUGCCAGUGAUAUGAUGAAAGAUUUAAUUUUGGACGACGUAAACGCAAUCAAUCUGGAAUACAGGUGUAACGGUGGCUUUAAAAAUUUUUUCCGCAUGUCCUCUACUGAAUUUGAACAAUUGCUAAAUUUAAUCGGGUCAAAAAUUGCUGCGAAGGACACAAAUUUUAGGGAAGCAAUCCCUGCAAAAGUGCGUCUUGGUGUGACAUUACGAUUUUUGGCAACAGGGGAUUCAUAUCACUCCCUUAUGUACUUAUUUAAAAUUUCAAAACAAACAAUUUCAAAAAUCAUUCCAAAAGUAUGUGAAGCUCUCAUUGAUGUACUUCAAGAUUAUAUAAAAAUGCCUCAGAAUGAGCAAGAGUGGAAUCUUGUAGCAAAAGAUUUCAACACCAAAUGGAAUUUCCCUAAUUGUGUAGGAGCAAUGGACGGAAAACAUAUAUCCAUACAGGCACCACUAAAUAGCGGCACAGAAUUUUUUAACUACAAAGGAUUCUUUAGUAUAGUGCUUUUCGCAGUGGUUGACGCCAAUUACAAUUUUAUUUAUUGUGAUGUGGGAUGUCAGGGACGAAUUUCUGACGGCGGAGUAUUAAAAAAUACAUCAUUUAAUUCAUUACUGACCGAUUUAAAAAUGAAACUGCCUGCCGACUGUGUUCUCCCAGGAAGAACACGAAAAACACCGUUUGUAUUCGUAGGAGAUGAUGCUUUUCCGCUGAACCAAAGUAUAAUGAAACCAUAUCCAGGAGUUCAAGCAAAAUAUUCAAAAACCCGGAUUUUUAAUUAUCGUUUGAGUAGGGCACGGAGAAUUUCGGAAAACGUUUUCGGCAUACUGUCAUCCGUAUUCAGAGUUUUUCGAAAGCCGAUGAUGUUGCAACCAAAUACAGCAACUAAAGUUACAUUAGCAUCAGUUUAUUUACAUAAUUUUCUUAGAAAAAGUGGAUCAAAAAAUAUUUAUAAUCCUCCAGGAACAUUUGACAGCGAAUGUUCCGAGACUGGAAAUGUCAUUGCCGCUGCUUGGAGGGCAGAAUUACAAGGAUCAACAUUGACAAAUUUCACACAAAUAGGACGCAAAAGUUCAGCGGAAGCGCAGGAAGUGAGAGAGGAGUUUAAAGAAUACUUCUCAUCGGCAGAAGGAGCUGUACCGUGGCAGUAUGAAAAGUCAUAAUUUCUCGAUAUUUGUGCCAUAACAAUAAAAUGAUAAUGGAAUGUCAAUAUAAAGAAUGUAUUUUUAUUACGUACCUUAUUCUCCGUAUCAACUGUCAUUCUUGCUUUAUUCUUGUCUUUUAAAA